AUGGCCAAAUCUCACACUGUUAUUGGCAAUUGUUUUACCAAAGAAUUUACUUUAAAAUCCAAUCAUGACAAUUUGUAUAAUUUACUAACACUAGACUGCGAUAAAAUAUUUACAACUGCUUCUUGGUCGCUUGAUCAAUUCUCGAAGUUAGAAAAGGAAUUGAAUGAGAUUAAGUCACGUUUAAAUGAUUAUGAUAUCAAAGUCUGGCAGCAACACACAUCAUAUACUAACUUAGCCCAUGAUAUUGUCUUCCAGUUAAAGCAGCAAUGCUAUCCUGAGCUGUGCACGCAAGCUUGGGCUAAGUUUUAUGAGAUUUUGCAUCGCUGCAAUAUUGAUCAACGCUUAAAUUUACAACAAUGGUCUGAUGAUCUAGAUUUAUCACAGAUACCUUUAAGCUCAUUGCAUUUAUGUGAAGGUCCAGGUGCUUUCAUGACCAGCUUCAAUCAUUACCUUAAGUCGCAUUAUCCGCAUUUACCUUGGCAAUGGCUUGCAAUGACAUUAAAUCCGUACUAUGAAGGGAAUAAAGAUGGUAGCACUAUCACUGACAAUCGACUCAUUUCCAAAACUUUAUCACAUUGGAACUUUGGUCGAGACAAUUCCGGCAAUAUAUUGCAUCGUCACAAUAUGACUUUUCUGGUUGAGUCAUUAAGUCAAUGGCCAUCUAUACGUUUGGUAACUGCUGAUGGAAGUAUUGAUUGUUCUGAUCGUCCAGGACAGCAAGAGGCUAUUGUAUCUCCAAUUCUUUACUGUGAAACAUUAACCGCAUUAAGAAUAUUAACUAAAGAUGGGGUUUACGUAUUGAAAAUGUUUACGUCGUUCCAACAUCGUUCAAUAUGCUUAAUUUAUUUGCUAUUAAAUGUAUUUCAAGAGGUUAAAGCUAUUAAACCUUCAUGUAGUAAGAGCGGCAACUCUGAAGUUUACAUAAUUUGCAUCGGAUACAUUGGUUUUAACGCUAUACCAAAGCAAUUUUGGGAUAACUUAUGUGCUAAUUAUGGGCUUGAAGACAGAUGUAUUUCACUCUUUCCUCUAGACUAUAUACCAGUACCUAUUAUUGAUAAAAUAUACACUUUUUGCCAGUAUUUUUCAACUCUACAGAUUGAUGCUAUUCAGCGAAAUAUCCGACUGUUUGAUACGUUAAAUAAGUCAAACAGAAAAUUUAUUAGCAAGGCUAAAAAGGCAAUAGCGAAAGAAUAUAUUACAAGGUAUCAAGUUUACGAAAUUCAGCCUGAAAAAAAGAUUGUAUCCUCGGUAGACGUGAAUCUAAGCAGAAGAGACGAUAAAUUUAAGAGCAUCGGAUCAAAGGCCGGUAGUUUUAACCAACGUGUUGGCCAAACAAAGAGAAAAUGGUCAGAAUCGGUUAAUGAUUAUAAUAUUCCCGAAUUACUGAAAAUUGAGACAGCUCCUUGCUCUAGUCGGUUCCCACGGAAUAGAAUAUUUCGAGAAGAAAUUUGUAAUUUACAGUGGCUUCAUAUAUGCAAUUCAUGCUUCGCUUCCAACGAGCUAUUACUUGAUGUCAUGUCUGUACGCCAAGAACAGUCAAGACACAAACAGGAAAUUAAGACAAUAGACAAUUAUCAGAACCAUUCUUUAAGCCCAACAUUUUACAGCAACAGCUGCUACAAAAGUAUAGCUGAUAUAUUAUUGUCAGUUACGAAAACUGGCAAUCAGGCAAAGUACGUAGUGUUAUCAGGUAAAGUCCAACAUAUCCUUUCGAAUAUUUGUAAUCAAUCUGGAGUGAGCGACGACCAGGUCAAAGUUAUAACAACCAGCAAUGAAUCUGCACCUUGUUCCACAUAUUUUGCCAUAUCUUCCACAUCCGAACUUAUUAGCAGUUUUGAUUCCUGUGAAAGAUAUAUACAAGAAACUUUCAAGGCUGUAGAUAUUGUAUUCGCAGACUUUCAUCCAGAAUCAAUCAAAGAGAGAGCUUCACAAACAAGCCAUAAUAAGUUAAUUUUAUCCGAAGUACUACUUGCUUGCAAGGUAUUGGCAAUGAAUGGUCACCUUAUAUUAACUGUUGGCGAUUUACUGAGUCGUUUCCAGUGCAGUGUUGUAUAUAUGCUUCACGUUUUUUUCAACAAGCAUUUGCAGCAGACGCUUAGCAUGGUAUCAAUAUUACGUCACGAUGAAGAUGGUACCAAUGAAGUUGAUCUUCUUUGCUUUGUGCCGAUAUCAUUGCUAACUGACGAAGGAUCAGAGUUUUAUAGAUAUAUAUAUGAAAUUAAUAAUCGCAGUCUGGGAUUUGAACUUGCUGUUCGAGCAAAUAAAAAGAUUACAGCAUUUGUCAAGAAUAAUAGCAUAUACUGUGGUAUCCCAGGUAGCUCUCAUAUUAGAUGCAAUCACUUAGCUGCUGAAGUAUUUAGAAACUUGAUCUAUGAUGAAGUUUGA